CGUCCCUACGAGCCACUGAUAGUCGUCGGCAUAACCCCCCGAGUAACCUGUAGCUAUGACCGAAGUGACGGUGUCUCGCCGCGACUCAGCGGCGUCUGCUCCGUCGUCCCCGGACGAAUUGCUCCGUAACGUAUUGGCCGAGGAGAACCCGACGGUGUCGGCCCCGCUGGUCUCAGCGCUGAGCAACGACGCGACUCUCGCCCGCUUCAUCAGCUUCGUCACACGCGCACCGGUUUCAAGCUCCCAGCUGCCCGAUGGUCCCGACGCCAAUAAACUCGCGACUGCUGAGGACGCUGCAGCACGCCGCGAAGAUGAGACGAAGGAAAAUGUGACACCCGAGCUAUUGACGUCCUAUCGCGCCACGAUGCUGCUGACGAACGACGACACAGCAGACGCGCUGCUCACGUUCCUCGGGGACAAGAGCAAGUUGCUGACGCGCUGUCUGUUCCAAGCGUUUCAGAGCGACGCCCAGGGCAACUUACGUCACGCCUGUCGGGUCAUCGACCACCUGCUGCGCUUCUAUCUGGAUGACGUGUACGAUGUGCUCGGUAAAGAUGCCAAGACCGUGCAGAGGUACAUGGGUGCCAUGAUUCCCUAUCUGGAGCAUGCGCCCGUGGCCGAGUUGUUCCUGACGCUGGUAUGUAAGCCACACAGCGCGGCAGUUAUGAGGUUCUACGCCUCGACGCCACCGAAGAAGUGGGCGUUCUUCCGUGCACUGGCAGAAUGGAAGAUGCUGCUCGUGCUGGCCAACCACGUGUGUAGUACGGAGUAUGGAGAAACCCACACCAUUGGGGCUGCCGAUGUGUUUGUAGAGCUACUGGACCGCCUUGCAGCUGAUGAAAAUGGACAAUUAUUGUUGCAACCUGCAGCAUAUUGCCCCGAAUUGCUCGAGGGAUUGAUCUGUGCUGCUGUGGAGCCUGAAGACAACAAGAAUUUGACCCCGCAAAGGAGUGUGGGUCAACGCACUGCUGCGAUGAAGUGUGUCUUCCGCUUGCUACAGAAGAGUACGUUGGAGAAGGUGCAGGGCCCGCCCACCAGUCCGUACCAGUCCUUCGGUGCUACAAUUGUGAACCUUGUGCCUAACCAGUUGGGUCCGCUGCGUCAAAAGAUUUACGAGCUUGUGGAACAGCAUCUUGGUGAGGUGUUGAAAUACCUUAUUCAAAAAUACGUGAGCCAGCAGAAUAUUGAGAUGCCCGACGAAGAGUCUGGAAAGCCACUACCGGAGACUGCAGUUCGACACACUGCUUACGUAGUGAAGGUCCCGUUUACGGAAUUACGACUGACACUGGUCGAGGCUCUUGUGGAGAUUAUGGCGCACAACCCGAGUUUGAUGAGUGAACAUUUCGAUGCGAACGUGUGGCGUGUGUUGGUCACGUGGUUCUUUGAGUAUUCUCACAACAAUCUGUACCAUGCAGCUUUCUAUCAACUCGUGUUUAUCGCGCUGCGCACGGAUAACCAACAAGCAUUGGAGGUACUUGUAAAAAAGCUUAAGUUGGUAACGCUGUUGGUGGAGCACUACCGUGCGGACGGUGACACUACCAGCAAUAAGGGGUACAUUUUGCAGAUUUGCAAUGCUAUUCGUCUGCAGGCAGCUUCGCAGUCACCUGAGGCGUUCUUGCGAAACUUCUUGCAGUCACACACGACAUGGCGUGGAUUUGAGCAGGAAUUGCGCGACCAGACCAGUCUACUGUGUGUUAACGGCCUGGGUUUCACGGUGCCUCAGGCUAUUCGACCGGGUUAUCAGAAGGAUUCAUGGCAGAUGCUGACCGAAGAGCAGACAGGUAUCGACCAUGGAUCAGAGUUUGCCCGUUCUCUAGGUUUCGUGGACGACGUUGCAUGGCCCGAAGACGACGCACCUGAGGGUAACAAGAAGCGCAAGAAAAAGAAAAAAGGCAAGAGGAAUACGCACCAUCUGAACGGCAGCGCUAAUCACGACGCGGAUGAGGCAGACAGCACCGACGACGAGUUUACUGCUAAACCGGAGGAUGCUGCCGCGGCAGCUUUGAUCGCAGCCGAGGAAGCUGAACUUGCUGCGAAUGGGUCAAUAGGGAAGAAGUCUGGUACAUCCAACGGAGCAAGUACACCCAAGAAGAAGAAGAAAAGCAAAAAGAAACAGAACAAGAAAUAGAGGCCCGAUCCUGCCGCUCUUACCUACCACUACGUUGUCGCCUCAAGACACCAGGUUAAAACACCAGCAGCAUCCAUGCUCCUCGAACCUAUGGCUAGUAAGUAGUACUUUAGGUCCCCUCUAGCAGAGCUCCCAGAUUUAGGAAAUCCCUGUAUGUCGAGCUAGCAUCUCGAUCUUGGGUAAGGAUACUUCGUAACUUAGACUUUGGUCAUCCUUAUGGCAGUUUGGAUUAUUCUUGUCCUCAUGUUCGCUAUGAUAACCUCCGCCUUCUCGGG